AUGUUUGCGUUAUUACUUAUUCUUGCUACGUUAGUAAAUGCAUUUGUUCCUUAUAGAAAAAGAAUAGAUGUUAUGAUGGAAGAGAAAUCUACUGAAAAUGAAAAAGAAUUAUUAACAAAGUUUACUGGAAAUAAAGGUAUAGUUGAUUUUGAAAAUAACAAAUAUGAAUAUUCUGUUAUUUCUUAUUUUUCUGGAUAUGAAAAACAAUAUAUUGCUACAAUUAAGCGUGGUGACUCAAUAGCAAAUGGAAAAGGAAGAAGUUCUCGUAGUGCCUUAUUAAAUGCACUAAAGAAUUUAAAUUAA